AUGGACUGGAAUACAACAGUAACCGUGAACCAACUGGAGGAGCCUGAGAGGAUGAAAACAGACAGAAAGCUCAUGAAGCCUCAGGUUGAGAGACGAAGGCGAGAAAGAAUGAACCGCAGUCUGGAUAACCUGAGAACUUUACUCCUGCAAGGCCCUGAGCAUCAGACUGGAUCUCAGAGGCGAGUCGAGAAAGCCGAGAUCUUGGAGCACACUGUGCUCUUCCUGCAGACCUCCAUGGCUGACGCACAGAAAUCCAAAAGACAAGAGGAAUCAACAGAAGAGCACCAGUUCCUGGAUGGGUUCUCAACAUGCUUGCAGAAAGCUGUUUGGUUCCUUCAGGAGGAGAGCAAGAACCGUGGGCAGCAGGACACCCUGUCAUCCUCUCUGUACCAGUGCCUGAGCCGCCCACAUAUCUCCCAAACAUCACACUUGAAACACACGCCAAAGGUCAAGAUCACGCCUGACAUGAGGAACAGUGGCAAGCAAGGACUCCAGUGUGUAAGGAAACACGCCCUGUCACACCCGUACAGGGUUCCACUGCGACACACAGAACCAAAUACCGUCCAGCAUCAUGCAACCACAACUGCUGCAUCCCAACCCACCACAUCCAGCCCUCAGGCUGCGGUCCAGCAGUGUGUGUGGAGGCCUUGGCCUUAA